AUGACGUUCGCGACCAUACCAGUUGAACUCCUGCGGGAGAUCCUUGCACACGCGCUCUGCGACCAUCCUCGUCCAGGCGAGCUUUUAUGCGUCAACAAGUUGUUCUAUGAGCUUGGCCAGCCCCUCCUAUAUGCCGACCUCGACUUUCGCUCAAUCACUCAACUAAUACUCUUCUCCGAGGGAACCUCACCGCUUGUCUGCACUCCUAGAACCCUUACUGUUGCGCUCGCGGGUGGCUCGGCUGACUUCGAGGUCUUCAAGUACUUGGCCGCCGCGCUGCGACGAUGUCUGUCGACAUCAGCAUCAAGGACAGAAGAGGGCGGGAUUGAGUCGGAAUCGGAGGAACGCAUGGGUAACGAUGGCAAGGUAUCGUUAGAACUGUUAUCGUUGCGCCUACACUCGCACAGCGGCAACCCGCACUUAAGCUACAUCUACGAAGCACUUGCUCUCGCAAACCCGAAGACGUUCAUCUGGAGGGGUCCUGACCCAGAGCACCACUUCUCGACCGCAAUUGUGCCGUCCGCAACCUUCCAUCUCGCGCGCGCUAUCAGCACCUGGACCGCCAUCGAGCAUAUCACGCUCACCAAUAUGUCCUUCCCGUCCGACCAGCUCGGCCGAAAUACCCCCUUCGCCGAGGCACCCCUCCUCCCGCCCCUACAGAGCCUCAGGACGCUUUACAUCGGACAGUCGACACUGCUCCCCCCGAGCGCGGUCGCGGCGAUGGUCGCGAGACCGUAUGCAGGCGCGAGGUUGGAGACGGUGCGGCUGGUGGAUACGUACCGGUAUAGUAUAUGGGGGCCGAGGAUACGCAGGAAGGACGUGGAAGACGCAGCAAUAAUGCUGGGGGAUGUAGUCGACGCGGGCGAAGAGAGGCGGAGGGAAGUAUUGGAGAGGGUGAGGCGUGUGGUGAGGUGUGAGAAGAAAACGGAGAGGAUCAUGGGUGGGGACAAUGGAGACGAGCAGGGCUUGCUGGAGUAA